AUGGUUUCUCUCUCCACAUUCUCUCUCUCUCUCUCAUUAAUUGAAUUAAGUAAACUUGUUUUUGUUUUACAUUUUGUUCUUCAAAAUGCACCUCUUGUUAUUGGCCAUCAGGACAAUGAGAUGCGAUAUCGCUUCAUUUAUAAUCAUUUUCCAAGUUUACAAGAAGAGGAUAUAAUCGGGAAAACAGAUGAGGAAAUAUUCAAAGGUGGUGGUGUAAAGGAAUCCCAAGACUUCAAAAGAGAAGUUCUUGAAAUAGGAUUACCAGCAAAAAGAGAAAUUACUUUUGAAAGCGAAUUAUUUGGUGACAAAACAUUUUUAUUUUAUGUUGAACCUGUUUUCAGCAAAGAUGGAGAAACAAUCGGUGUUAAUUACAUGGGCAUGGACAUCACUGAUCAGGUUAGAAGGAGAGAAAAGAUGGCAAAACUCCGGGAAGAAAUAGCUGUGCAGAAGGCUAAAGAGGAAGAACUUAAUAAAACCAUUAAUAUUACAGAGGAAACUAUGAGAGUGAAACAAAUGUUGGCAACCAUGUCACAUGAGAUAAGAUCUCCAUUAUCCGGGGUUGUUAGCAUGGCAGAGAUUUUAUCAACUACAAAACUCGAUAAUGAUCAAAAACAACUCUUGGAUGUUAUAUUAUCUUCUUCUGUUUUAGUUCUUCAACUUAUAAAUGACAUUCUUGACCAUUCCAAAGGCGAGUCAGGAGUUAUGAAGCUGGAAGCUACAAAAUUCAGGCCUAGAGAAGUAAUCAAUGAUGUUGUUCAAACUGCUGUUGCUUCAUUGAAAAAGAAGCUGAUUUUGGAAGGACACGUAUCAGAUGAUGUCCCAUUGGAGAUUAUUGGUGAUGUUCUUUGGAUUCGACAGAUUCUCACCAACUUGAUCAGCAAUGCUAUCAAGUUUACUCACCAAGGGAAGGUUGAGAUAAAUCUAUAUGUAAUAGCAGAUCCAUAUCCUCAACAUGAACCGAAGAAGAUAAACACAGAUGACUCAUCGAUCUCAGCAAAAAUCAAUGGGCAUGAGGAGAAUGAACCUGAGUCGCAUGAAACAGUAGUCUGGAUACGCUGUGAUGUUAAAGAUACAGGAAUCGGAAUACCAGACACUGCAUUGCCGAAUUUAUUCAAAAAAUACACGCAAGCCAGUGCAGAUACAGCUAGGAAAUACGAUGGGACUGGAUUAGGUUUAGUGAUCUGCAAACAAUUGGUUGAGCUGAUGGGAGGACAUCUGACUGUAUCGAGUAAAGAACAUUGUGGAUCUACAUUUACUUUCGAUUUACCUCAUAAGGUUUCACAUCCAUGGUCGACUUUAACGAAAAUUACUAAGCACAGUUAA